ACCAGACCUCAACACUCAGAACCUUCACAAUGGACAGAGUAUAUGAAAUUCCCGAGGAGCCAAGUGUGGACCCGGUUUCAUCUCUGGAGGAAGAUGUCAUCCGUGGGCCCAACCCCCGCUUUAGCUUUCCAUUUGGUAUCCUCUUCUCCACCUUUUUGUACUGCGGGGAGGCUGCAUCUGCCUUGUACAUGGUGAGAAUCUAUCGAAAGAAUAAUGAAACCUUCUGGAUGACAUACACCUUUUCCUUCUUUAUGUUUUCAUCCAUUAUGGUUCAGUUGACCCUCAUAUUCGUCCACAGAGACCUGGCCAAAGAUAAACCGCUGUCAUUAUUUAUGCAUCUAAUCCUCUUGGGACCUGUUAUCAGAUGUUUGGAGGCCAUGAUUAAGUACCUCACACUGUGGAAGAAAGAGGGGCAGGAGGAGCCCUAUGUCAGCCUGACCAGAAAGAAGAUGCUAAUAGAUGGCGAGGAGGUGCUGAUAGAAUGGGAGGUGGGCCACUCCAUCCGGACCCUGGCUAUGCACCGCAAUGCCUACAAACGAAUGUCACAGAUCCAAGCCUUCCUGGGCUCAGUGCCCCAGCUGACCUAUCAGCUCUAUGUGACCCUGAUCUCUGCAGAGGUCCCCCUGGGUAGAGCUGUGCUAAUGGUCUUUUCCCUGAUAUCUGUCACCUACGGAGCUACCCUCUGCAAUAUGCUGGCUAUCCAGAUCAAGUACGAUGACUAUAAGAUUCGCCUUGGGCCACUAGAAGUUCUUUGCAUCACCAUCUGGAGGACAUUGGAGAUCACUUCCCGCCUUGUGAUUCUGGUGCUCUUCUCAGCCACCUUGAAGUUGAAGGCUGUUCCCUUUUUAGUGCUCAACUUCCUGAUCAUCCUCUUUGAGCCUUGGGUUAAAUUCUGGAGGAGCGGUGCCCAGAUGCCCAACAAUAUUGAGAAAAAUUUCAGCCGGGUUGGCACUCUGGUGGUGCUGAUUUCUGUCACCAUCCUCUAUGCUGGCAUCAACUUCUCUUGUUGGUCAGCCUUGCAGUUGAGGUUGGCAGACAGAGAUCUUGUUGACAAAGGUCAGAACUGGGGACAUAUGGGCCUGCACUAUAGUGUGAGGUUGGUAGAGAAUGGUUGAUCGAUGCCGUUGGCCGGAGCUGAUCAGUUUGGUGUGUUACUAGGAUCUAGUCCUCGCCAUUCCUUGAUCGCCUUGCAGCUCAUUAUCGCUUAUCUGAUUUCCAUCGGCUUCAUGCUCCUUUUCUUCCAGUACCUGCAUCCAUUGCGCUCACUCUUUACCCACAAUGUAGUGGACUAUCUCCACUGCGUCUGCUGCCACUGGCACCAUCAGGGAAGGACUGAGAACUCGGAGCCAUCCUUUGAGGCUGAAACAAGACAAAGCAUUGUCUGAUUCUAUCUUCUGGAUAUUAUAGGAUGGGUUGGGGGUUGCCAAGAGCAACUGUGAAAUUGAAGGAGAAGGUGAGACUCAUGGAUGAGUACUCACCAGAGUAUUUUCUUGAGUUUUCUGGUAAACCUGUCAGAAAAAAAAGUGACCCUCAAAUAGGUUUCACUUCUUUAAUAUUUACUGCUAUAUUUGGAUACCAGGCAUAUCCAUUGUAUAGUUGGAAGGGUCAGAAAUACUGUUCACACCCCUUCUACCCAAGUCAGUUGGGAUAACUUACCUCUAAGCACCUCGGGCUCUCUGUGACUUUCUAGCUCUGUUCAUUUGCUUGAGGCAUUACUAAGCUUCCCUGG